CUCCGCGCUUCGGGUGAAAAGGUGGGUCCGACCACGGCGCCAUUGUUUCCGAGCUGAGUCAAACUCUUCCGAGCACGGCGUGGCCAUCACCCCGGAGGCCCUCACAGUAGUAUUGAAUCUCACCGAUCUAAAUCAUCUCAACUCAAUCAUUUCAAGAUGGCGCCUACUCUUCAAUCUAGCAAGAUCGCCUUCAUCGGUGGUGGCAACAUGGCCGCAGCCAUCAUCGGAGGCCUGGUUGCCAAGGGCAUUGACAAGCAGCACGUCACCGUCUCGGAGCCGUGGGAGGUGAACCGCGAGAAGAUGGCCGCCCUCGGCGUCAAGACGACGACCUCCAACGCCGAAGCCUUCGUCGGCGCCGACAUCGCCAUCCUGGCUGUCAAGCCCCAAGUCGCCAAGGGCGUCUGCAACGAGCUUGCCAAGGCCGUCUCGGGACACGACAAGACCCCCGUCGUCGUUUCCAUCGCCGCCGGAAUCACCCUCGAGGCCUUGCAGAAGUGGCUGACACUCGACGACGGCCGAACGCCCCACGUCGUGCGCGUCAUGCCCAACACCCCCGCCCUUGUGGGCGAGGGUGCCUCGGGUCUGUUCGCGGGCAGCGAUGUCACCGAGGAAGAGAAAAAGUUGACCGAGUCUCUCAUGGCGAGCGUCAGCAAGGCGACCGAGUGGGUCGACAAGGAGGAGCUGAUUGAUGUCGUCACCGGCUUGUCGGGUUCCGGUCCCGCGUACUUCUUCGCCAUGGUUGAGCACCUGAUCUCCAGCGCCGUCAGCCUCGGUUUGUCGCCAGGGCAGGCGAAGCGUCUGGCCACUCAGACCUGUCUGGGCGCCGGCAAAAUGCUCGUCGAGUCGCCUGAAGAUCCCAGCCAGCUGCGCAAGAACGUCACCAGCCCCAACGGCACGACGCACGCGGCUCUCCAGAGCUUCGAGGCGUCUGGCUUCCAGGACAUUGUCGACAAGGCCGUCAAAGCCGCAACGUCUCGCGGUGAGGAGCUCGGAAAGACGCUGGGUAACCAGUGAAGCCGAUGUGUCUUUGGGACGAAUUACGGGAAAGGCAGAGACUUCAUUGAGCUCUGCAUUCAAGAUGAAAAAAGUAAAACAUCAAAAGGCACGAAAAUAUAGUGCCGAAAUAUAAGCAACAAUUUCGACGAAAAUGCAGACUAGCUUGACAUUGUGACAUAACUAAUUGCAUCGUACCCUAUCCAGACUUUUGACCGCGAACAUUUCGCCGCACACCAAUACCACGUAUCACCAAUCCCGUCAAGGCCCCAACAACACGGAACAUCACUCGCUUCUUUACGCUCCAUUUACCGCUCUCAAUACUGUCACAACACAGGCUCACACGUACUCGACAUGCAUGCACCUCAAACGAUACCAACGUCGACCCGCCGAGGUAUUGUUUCACUGCGUCCAACGCUCCAUAAGCUUAGAGUGAGCCCCGCCGGCGGAAUUGAAUGUUGGUUCGGCGAAGACAUUUAGCCAGCUC